AUGGCAUCCGAAACUGGUACAAGUAUCGUGUCAAACGAAAGAUGCGAUGUAAAUAAUACGAUUCAGCAAAUAUUUGAAUCAUUACAAACGGAAACAACAAGUGUAAAAGUAUCAAGAACAACGUGGAACAGUGUUAUUAAAGAGACAAAAGAAUUUUCGGACAAUUUCACUUUACAUUCAAUUAGGACGCCCACGAUUUUCUCUACAGCGUCAUCGUUUAAUACAAACACCGAAAGAAACGAAUUACGGAAAAACGUGAAUUUCAUGAGCUCUUCUGGUGAUGUGGAAAAACAUAUUAAUUUUAAAAUUGCCGUCAAUUCUGAAUUACGUACACCAUCUAUGGAAUCCCACAACAUGUCCAAUCAAAGGAAUGAUCUGGAUAAUGUUGCUUGUAUUUCUGAACAACCAGACGGGAAUUCAGAUCAUUGCAAUAAUGAAUUAAUGAAAACUUUAAUUGAACCAGUUCAACAUGCUAUUCAUAUUGAUUUAGCAUGUAAUAAAGAUACAACAAUAUCUGGAGGAUUACAUACAUUGUCAACAAAGCUAGAGGGAUGUGUAAAUUUUGAACAUGGUAAUACACCUCAAUUGGGAGAAAGCCCUCAAAGUAAUGGUGAAGUAAUUAGUAGUCCAAGAAGUCCAGAUUAUCCUCCAAGAGUUUCUGAUAGUCCAAACAGUCCAAAUACAACACUGCCUAGUAGUAUGACAUCACCAAUUAUGAUUUCAACUAUUGUAAUGGAUACAGCAAAAUAUAAUGCAGAAACCACAAAUAAUUUAACUAAAGUUUGUAAAAAUCUUUCUUAUUCUUUUUGUGGAAAAUUGGAAAAAACUGAAGAACAAGUUCCUGUUACGCAAAUAAAAUCAAAUGAGAAAGAAAAAAUUGAUAACAAAAUGGAUAUAAUUCGCAAAGAUGUAAAAUCAGAAUCUAUUGAAAUAAAAACAGAAUUAGUAAAUUCUCAAGAACAAUUAAAUAUAAUUAAGUCAGAUUGGAUUAGUGAUAACAUAUCUACAACAAUAAUUGGGUGUAAAGAGGCUGUAUUGCCUCAUGAUAAAUCAAUAAAUUGUAUUCGUAUUUCUUCGAGUUCCCAUUCUAAAUCAUAUUCAUCUUCAAGAGAAAAACGAAAUAAAGAACAUAAUGAACGACGUUAUUGUUCAAGAUGUUAUAAACGUAGUAAAAUAAAACGAGCAAGCAUUGGCGUACAAUGUAAAAGAGAUCGUAGCAUACUUCCAUUAAGCAGUAAACCAAUGUCUCAUUCAUUUUCAAAAUCUACAAAUGAAAAUCUCAGAUUAAAUUUGCAAACAAAAAAUUAUAAAAUGCUUCACAAUAUACCAGUUAAAAGUGAAUUAUUAGAAGGCCUCAAAUAUAAGAAAUUCAUUCAUAUAGAAACUUAUCCUAAUGGUGGUGCAACAGUUGUUCAUAUGUAUCAAGAUGAAAUUGAUACAUUAUCUAAUGAACAAAUAGAAGAAUUAGCUCAGGAAUAUUUCAAAGUAGUUUUUGGAGAAGAUGAAAAUGGUAAUGCGUAUCACGUCAUGGGAAUAGUACAUAAUGCUGCAGCGUAUCUUCCUGAUCUCUUAGAUUAUAUGGCAGAUAAUUAUCCAACAUUAACUGUUAAAAAUGGUGUAUUAGGAAGAAACAGUGAUAUAGAAACUACAACUAUGGUACAAUACAAAGAACAAGUGUGUAAAGCUUAUAGUAAUGGUACUGUUAGAUAUGGUCCUCUCCAUCAAAUAAGCCUUGUAGGAACUGUUCAUGAAGAAGUUGGUGGAUAUUUCCCAGAUCUUCUACAAAAAUUAGAAGAAAAUCCAUUUUUAAAAUUAACCAUGCCUUGGGGUCCAUUAUCUGUUGUAAAGAUGGAUACUCCCCAAGAAUCAAACGAUGGUCCAAUUUUAUGGAUCAGACCAGGUGAACAAUUAGUUCCAACAGCAGAUAUAAAUAAGAGUCCUUAUAAACGGCGCAGAACGGGCAUUAAUGAAUUACGAAAUCUGCAGUAUUUGCCACGUCUUAGUGAAGCUCGUGAAUAUAUGUUUGAAGAUCGUACUAAAGCACAUGCUGAUCAUGUUGGUCAUGGAUUAGAUAGGAUGACUACAGCAGCAGUUGGUGUAUUAAAAGCUGUUCAUGGUGGACAACCAUCAGAAUAUAAUAGAAUUACAAAAGAUGUUGUAGCUUUUUAUGCUGGCGAUUUUCCUGAAUUAGUUGAAAAAUUGCAAUUAGAUCUUCAUGAACCACCAAUAUCGCAAUGUGUACAGUGGGUUGAAGACGCCAAAUUAAAUCAAUUACGUAGACAGGGUAUUCGUUAUGCUAGAAUAAAUUUAUAUGAUAAUGAUAUUUACUUUUUACCGCGUAAUAUAAUUCAUCAAUUUAGAACGGUUUCCGCAGUUUCAAGUAUAGCAUGGCACGUUCGAUUAAAACAGUAUUAUCAAGAAUCACAACACAGUUCAAACAUUAGACAUGGACGUGUUGGAAAUGAACAGUGUCAUCGUAUAAAAGAAAAGAAACCAUUGGAAACUGUGAAUAUAGGAGAUGAACAAAAAGAAAAUACAAAUCGCCAACGUGUGGAACAAAAACAUUCUAUUGAUUCACUCGAAGAAAAAAAAGCAAAAGAAAGAGCUGCUGAAUAUCAAGGGAAUUUGAAGAAAUCAGAUCAUCAUGGUAAGCGUAAAGAAGAUCGUAAAAAUAGAGAUCAUACAAGACAUUCUUCCAUUUCAAGUACAAGGAAAAAUUCUAUAGGUAAUAACGAUAAUUGUUCGAAUCUUUUUAAUAACAAAUCUACAAAAAAUAGUACAAUAGAACAAAAGCAAAACAAUGAAAAAAGAGAUGACAAGAAAUCUGAAAGAAGACACGAAGACCGACAUCGAUCCAAUGAAAAAUCUACUCAUCAUUCUCAUAGUAGUAGUAGUAGCAGUAGUAGUAGUAGUAGUACCAGUAGUAAUAGCAGUCAUUCUAGAGAGAAAAAAAAGUAUGAUUAUAGUCAUAAAUUAGAUCAUAAUCGAAGUCAUCACAAUCGAUCUAGUAGUAAUAAUACAUUAAGUAAAGAAAGCAUUUCAACUAUUACAGAAUCUAAAUUAACAAAUAAAUUAAACAUCGCGGGAUCUUCAUCAAAAGAAGAUAAAAAACGAUUAUGUUCAUCAGAGAUUUGUUUAAAACAUGAAAAUUUUGAUUGUAAUACUGUUAGUCUUGAACAAAAUAUAUUAGCACAACGUCAGUUAAUAGCGAAAACUUAUGCAACGGAAGUUGUUGACAAAGCUUUGGAAAUUGCAAUAUAUAAGUCAAAGACCGACGUAGAGGAAGUUUGUCAAUCUUUACGAACUGGCGUUGCAGAAGCUUCUAAAGAAAUAUUAGAAAAAAUUCAUAAAGAAAGUUUUGAAAUUGCUGAACAAAAAUAUAAAGAUGAUAAAACAAAAUUAGAACGAUAUUGUCAAUUAUUGGAAAUAGAAACAACAUUGGCAUUUACAUCAAAAAUGGAAUGUGCAACUGAAAAUGCAGUAAAAGCUCUAAUUGAAAUGGCUGAAGAUGAAGCUAAAGAAAUAUCAAAAAAUGAAAAAGUUUCUAUGUUAACAAGUAAUACUUGUGAAGAAAGUUCACUUCCAAUAUCGAAAAUUGCCAAUUCUUCCUCUUCUUCUUCAAUAACCUCUACAUCCUUGUUAGCAGAAACUGAAAGACAUAGUAGUAGGAACAUUAGCAGCGAUGAAAAUUCAUUUAAAUUGUCAUCUGAUGUGCAUACAACGCAUUCAGAAUCUAAAAGAAAGUAUAGAGAUGAUAAAAGUUCUAGAAGUCAACGACAUAAAGACAGAAGAAAUCGAGAUAGACGUGAUAAAGUACAUAAGAGGCAUCAUCAUCAAAGUAAUCCUCAGAGUAAUAAAUAUGAAAAUAAAACUGGAGAAAUUAAUAAAGAAGAUUCAUCGAAAAUCAUUUCACUAUCUAAAGAUUGUAACAUUUCUAGUAAAGCUACCGAUCGCACAGAUAGUAAAGAUAGUGACAGGAAACUAGAAAAAAGAAGAGACAGACAUCAUAGUCAUGCAAGAGAUGGACAGAAAAAAUCAUCUAGUAAUCGUUCUUCGAAAGAUGAUACAGCAUCGAGUCGUUCUCAUUCAUCGAGUUCAAAUCAUAAAAGAAAGUCGAGUUCAUUUGAGGAACAUAAGGAAUCAAAGAAAGCAUGUAUUGAAAAGAAUAUAACCACAGCUGUAACGGAACAAAAUACUCUUGGUAAUACAUUAACUCUAAUAACAAUGACUACAGUGGCUCAAUCAACAACGACAAAUACAGUCGUAUCAACGUGAAAAAAUGAAAGUUAUUUUAAGCUGUAGUACAAUCUGCUUAUUAGAUUAAAAGUUCGCACAAUCGAGCUCAUAUGCCGAUAAUCUCAUGUGGACUCUAACUGAUUUGGAUAUAAUAAAUUAUAUCCAACAUAUAUUCAAAUUUACAGAAAUAUGAGACGCAUGAAAUAUCAUAAAAAUUUGGUAAUGUCAUCAAAAUAGAAAUAAUUGCCACGUUUUAUGCAAAGACCAGUUAGAACAGAUUAUCAUUUCUAUGCAAUUCUACACGCCUUAGUCUUAGUAAAAAAAAUUGAAAUUGUAAAUGUAGUAUUAUCAUCUAAGAGCACUUUCUAAUAUUGAAUCGCAAAAAUUAUUUUGCUAUAAAAUUCUGAAGCGUCUCAUAUACUGUUAAGAGAGUGAAAAAAGAAAAUUAAAGAUAUAUAUUAUAGGAUAGGUGACCAAUACGAUAUGUACAAACAAAAUUUGUACAAAUUUGUGAUCAGAUAUAAUUCAAUCAGCACAUUAGUGCUGUACAUUGUAAAUAGAUUAAUAUAUUUGCUCUAUUCAAAAAAUUGUGCAGCGAAUUUUGCUUCAACUGUAUACAUAUGUACAUAUAAAUGUAUGUACAUAUGAUAAAAAUCAUGUGUGUAUAUGUGCACAUGUAUGAUUUUUAUACAUGUUAUAUACACGUGCUGCAUAUAUAAUUGUAUGUGAGAAUAUGUGUGUAUGGAUAUGUAUGUGUGUAUAUGUAUAUAUGAAUAUUUGUAAAAGAAGAUGGAAAUGUAAAUUAUUUAUAGUUUUAUUGAACAUUCUUUAGAGUUGAAGAUUCUGAUUUAUUUUAAAAUUUUAUUUCCUUCAUUUUUAAACAAUUAAAUUGAAAAGUAAAACUUGAUAACUGGUUAAACAAAAAGAUCGUUCCCCGACAUGUAAAUUAUUUAAAAUUAAUUUUCAUGAUACAAAGAAAAAUUAUAUGUAGUAGUUAUUAAAUGAAAAAAAUAUUAUAACGUUCUACUAAAAGAAUUGUGCA